AUGCAACUUUCCCCAUCACCCAAAUUCAAUGCUCCUCAUUUCCAAGGCUCUUCAGCAAGUAACCUAAUCUCCUUCGGUGCACUACCGGAUUCGGGCAUAUUCAGUCUUCCUGAUUUCGAUCUACCUUUCCCAGAUUAUCCGUUCAAUCAUAAAAAUGAUUUCCUGGUGAAUAGGUUCUAUCCAUUUUCCCUCAAACUCACGACUCCCCUGUUGUUUUCCCUCGCAUACUUCAGUUCUGUGCAUUUUUUGAACCAUGUCGUUUUCAGAAGACAGGUUGACGCUUAUACGAGAAGGCAUCCUAAGGCUAAGACAUUACCAAGAAAAUUGGUGUCAGCACCUUACUGGUUCUCUAAAACAAGACUCUUCAAAGCACUCGUAAUCUUGCAUAACAUUGUCCUCUGCAUAUACUCCCUCACGACUUUCUUUGGAUUGGUUUACACAAUGAGGAUGAAUGCUCGAGAGAUUUUGCCUGCUUUAUUUGGCAACUAUUUUGCAUCUUCCGAGUUGAGACCAACCCAUAUGUUUUGGCAAUCCGUUUGCAACAUAGAUAAUGGAAUAUGGCAGACUCACGGUUCUUCCAUUAGAGGAUUGUCCUUUUGGGCUUACUUGUUUUACCUUUCUAAAUUCUAUGAGAUAAUUGACACUAUGAUCAUCUUAUUGAAGGGUAGACAGGCAUCACUACUUCAAAGUUACCACCAUGCCGGAGCCAUCCUCUGCAUGUGGGCCGGUGUUCGUUUCUCCUCUCCACCAAUCUGGAUCUUUGUUGUGUUCAACUCUUUUAUUCAUUCCAUCAUGUAUUUCUAUUUCACUCUUUCUUGCUUUAAGAUUAAGGUGUCUUUGCGUUUCAAGCAAUGCUUGACUACUCUUCAGAUCAUUCAGUUUGUUCUGGGAGGAUGUCUUGCUGUUCUCCAUAUGUUUGUCAGAUAUAAAGAUAUUAUUACGGGAACUACGCAAAGCUGCAUCAAUACUGGAGAAGAUGCUCUUGCCAUAUUCAUGAACGUUGCUUAUUUAACUCCCUUGACCAUGCUAUUUGCCGCCUUCUACAUCGACUCUUAUAAGAAAAGAGGACUCACAACCAAGGCCAAGAAGAUUAAUUAG